CCGAGAGGCCUUAGCUUUUUUAGGCAGUAUUGGUGUGUGCUCAGAAGAUUUAAAAAAUGACAAUGGUGAAGGUGAUAGUGGUGGUGGUAAUGAUGAUAUCUAUAUUAUUUUCGAUGCCCAAAUGUCUACAAGCUAUCAAUAUUGGCCAAUUGAGACAUUUGAUAAAUCGAAAAAACAUGACUUGUAUCUUGGUUUUCGGUGAUUCGAGCGUCGAUCCUGGAAAUAACAACUUUCUGGCCACCACCUUGAAGAGCAAUUUCCCUCCCUAUGGGAAGGAUUUCUUUGAUUCUCGGCCUACCGGAAGGUUUUGCAAUGGAAGACUUGCCACAGAUUUCAUUGCUGAGGCAUUAGGUCAUACAAAGAUAAUUUCAGGCUUUCUGGACCGGCAUUUGACUCAAGAAAACCUUUUACAUGGAGUCAGUUUUGCAUCGGCUGGUUCUGGUUACGAUUAUCUCACAGCCAACUUCUCGAAUGUGUUGUCGUUCUCAAGGCAAAUAAAAUAUUUUAUGCAUUACAAGCUACAUCUUGGAAGGUUGGUUGGAGAGAAGAAAGCAGAAGAAAUCAUUCAACAUGCAAUCUAUAUAUUGAGUAUGGGCACGAAUGACUUCGUUCAGAAUUACUUCUUGGAACCAACUCGCCCAAAGCAAUAUAGUUUGGAAGGAUACCUGAAUUACCUUGCCACAUGCAUUACUAAUGACAUUAAGACAUUGCACAGGCUAGGUGCCAUGCAGUUUGUCCUUGUGGGGGUCCCUCCACUGGGAUGUAUGCCACUUGUCAAGACAUUAACGGGUACAACAGGCUGUGCCGAUAGUUACAACAAAGCAUCCUUCUCAUUCAAUUCCAAGGUAAGAAACUUACUGACUGACAUAGGGACGUCGCUUGGGGUGAAGACUGCAUAUGUAGAUACCUAUGCUAUCUUUGAGCGCACCAUGAGCAACCCAACAAGAUAUGGCUUCACUGAGACUUCCAAAGGGUGCUGUGGGUCGGGGACGAUUGAAGUUGGUGAGACAUGUAGAGGAAUGAGCACAUGUAAGGAUCCAAGCAAAUAUAUCUUCUGGGAUUCUGUUCAUCCCACAGAGCACAUGUAUAGAAUUAUAGCCAACGAAGCUCUCAGAACCGUCAGCCAAAAGAUCCUGGCCUAAGUGUGGUAGUAGAAAGACUCAUAUAUUUAUAUUGUUUCUUCUCAUUCCCUUUUAUAUAUGUCUGUACUUGGCCAUUGUGGCUAUUCAUCAAAAAUAAAAGCAAGCCCA